CACUAAGCUUUUGCAGUUAGGAAAGCUGGUACAAACCAAAUUUCAUUUUUUUAAUUAAUUUUGCCCAAAAAAAAAAAAUCGAACUUUUUUGUGUUAAUGGAAGGAGAAACUCAUCGAUCGGAGCCGUUACCUUUAACAUCUGCAGAUUCCGAUGAAGGAAUCAGUGCUUCGAUUGAGGCGGAGCUUGCUGAGUUAGCUGCUGGAGAUUCAAGCGGCGGUGGUGGUGGCGGAGGGAUUAAGAGUAAAGUUAAAGGACCUUGGUCUACGGAGGAAGACGCGGUUUUAACGAAGCUUGUGAGGAAAUUAGGAGCGAGGAAUUGGAGUUUGAUCGCUCGUGGAAUCCCUGGUCGUUCUGGCAAAUCUUGUCGAUUGCGUUGGUGUAAUCAGCUUGACCCUUGUCUCAAGCGUAAACCUUUCUCUGAUGAGGAAGAUCGUAUGAUAAUUUCUGCUCACGCGGUUCACGGAAACAAAUGGGCAGUGAUUGCGAAAAUGUUAACUGGAAGAACAGAUAAUGCCAUCAAGAACCAUUGGAACUCAACGCUUAGACGUAAAUACGCAGAUCUAUGGAAUAAUGGUCAAUGGAUGGCUAAUUCAGUUACUACCGCUUACGUCAAGAACGAAAAUGUCGAUGAAGCAUCUAAUCCAUCCUCAAAACAACAGUUGCCUCAAGGAGAUAUCAAUUCACCGCCAAAGCCUCCACAAGUGAGUGAUGUUGUAAUGGAAGAGGCAGCUAAUGAACCUCAAGAACAAGCUCCACCACUAGAGAGUAACGUUCCAAUAGACAAUAACGUGUUUCGCCCAGUGGCUCGUGUUGGCGCAUUCAGUGUCUAUAACCCAACCAGCCAGAGAAAUGGAUACAGAGACCACAAUAUAGUUCCAUGCGAGGGACCGUUAAUUCAAGCGGCUAAGCCCGAUUCAUUGGCUGGUAAAUUUCUACAAUCUCUUUGCGAUGAACCUCAGAUUCCGUCAAAAUGUGGUCACGGCUGCUCUACUCAUCCAGCUGAAAUUAAGUUCUCAAGUAACUCGGUGUUGGGACCAGAGUUUGUGGAUUAUGAAGAGCCUUCUGCAGUUUUCAACCAAGAACUGAUAUCUAUAGCAACCGAUUUGAACAACAUUGCAUGGAUAAAGAGUGGCCUUGACAAUGCCGUUAUCAGAGAAGCAGAACAGAGUUUGAAGAUCGAUAAUUUCAAUUAUAAUGAUCCUCGAAUCAAGUUUACCGGAAUGAUGCCUAGACAAGAUUUCUUCUGUGCAAGAAGCUGAAACUCAAAAGUAGGUUUGAGAUUCAUCUUCCCCCUUUUUUCUUGAUUCUUUGCGCUUUGACGCAUAUAGAUGAUGAUCUUCAUGUCAACAAGUACCAGACUGGUACUUAUGGAUGUUGUUUCUGACAUUUUGAUUCGGAUUUGGUGGAAGAAAGAUAGAAAACAGAGUCUGUAUCGUGUCUCUUAUUAUAUAAAAAUCCUAAAUCAUAAACAUCAGCACUGAUUGUUGUUUCAAACUGGUUUUCAAAUGAAAUUAGAGGCUUCUUGUAUAA